GGGCUGGAGCGUGCUGGGGACCAGCAACAGGGCGAGCCGCAGGUGGAGGUCGCGGAGGGGGGCACGGCGCGCGUACACCGGCAGCAGCAGCAGCAGCAACAGCAGCAGCAGCAGCAGCACGAGGACGUCGGCAGCGGCGUCAAGAAGAGGCGCGAGCGCUCGCCGUCUCCGGCGGGCGGCCGCGAGCCGCCGGAGCCGUUUGCUUGA